AGUUGCUCCCCAUGCAAGAUUUCCCACAACUCACCAACAGCUGAAGCACACUUCCAGACUAAUAUUAUAUUACAACAUGAAAGGAGCUCAUCUCUUUAUAGCUUUCCUCAUUCUGGCUUUGUCUUCCUCGUUUGCCUUGGCCUUUGAUCCUAGCCCUCUUCAAGACUUUUGUGUUGCCAUCAAUGACCCUAAGGAUGGCGAAUUCGUGAAUGGGAAAUUGUGCAAGGACCCAAAGCUUGCAACAGCAAAUGAUUUCUCAUUUUCAGGUCUCAACGUUCCUAGAGACACAUCAAAUCCAGUUGGAUCCAAUGUAACUCUGUUAAAUGCUGACAGAAUACCAGGACUCAACACUCUCGGAAUAUCCUUAGCUCGUAUAGAUUAUGCACCGUAUGGACUAAAUCCACCUCACACUCAUCCUCGUGCCACUGAGAUCCUGGUGGUCCUUGAAGGCACCCUCUAUGUUGGCUUCGUCACAUCAAACCCCAACCGCCUUAUCACAAAAACAUUGAAACCGGGAGAUGUUUUUGUGUUUCCAAUUGGUAUGAUUCACUUCCAAUUCAACACUGGAAACACUAAUGCGGUUGCUUUUGCUGGAUUGAGCAGCCAAAAUCCAGGAGCUAUCACAAUUGCAAAUGCAGUAUUCGGAUCCAAUCCACCCAUUAACGCUGAUGUUCUGACCAAGGCGUUCCAAGUUGACAAGAAUGUGGUGAAGUAUCUUCAGCAACAAUUCUGGACCAACAACCAUUAAACAAUAAACGUACAUAGAAAUACAAUAACAAUGUGAUUGAUAAUAUUUUUAUCAACUUCACAUACUGCUUUGAUCAUUGUACCAUGGUGUUGUAACAAAAUAAGAGGCGUUUUCAUGCCUCAACUUUCAUUUCCAUUAAAUUAUAAUAUUGCAGUUUGUUAAGCGA